AGGAAUUCUUGACAUGUUUGUGAAUUUUUGUAUGUAAGUUCGACUGGUCUGGUUGAGUUUGUGUUGUUUUGAGUUUCUGAGCCUCUUCAGUUCCUUGAGUUUUUACGUGUUUGUCAUAUGUGGAUAUGUUUUGAAAAUUGGAAUCAAGAAUUCUUUGUUUUCUUUCAUAUAAUGCCAGGUUUGUUUUGAUCAAUGGAGUCUUUAGAUACCAGAGAUUUGUCUCUCAAAGAGCUUCCUACAAGAGAACUUAAGUUGAAAAGACAUAAGGUUCGCAGAGAUUCUCCAACUAUUCCUCCCAUCCGUCUUAGAUUGAAGAGCAAUGUUUCUCCACUUAAUAGUGAAACUGAAGCAGAAAAAUGCUUCUCAGACAGAUCUGUAUCAUCAUCUCCAGACAGUGUCUCUCAAGAACAUUCUCCUGUUUUAGCAUCUCCAUAUAAAACUUCUACUUGCAUUAGCUCAUCACCUUCAUCCCCUCUUGGAAGUGAAAGAAAUAAUAAUUCAUUUAAUGCUUUUCGUUUUUCCCCUCCCACACCAAAUUUUGAGCAGGAUUAUGAUCAACCAUUAGAUAUGAGUAAAAAACGUCUACAAGAUGCUCAAACAUCCAAUGAAAGUCAAAGUAUUCUUCAACAACAAUUCAGACCAUCUGUGAUAACAUGUGCUUCAGCAUUAUUAAGAACUCAAUGUAACUUGACGGAUUCAGCUCAUCAUGUAUGCAAAGCAAAUGUCAGUGACUCCAAUUCUAAUAUUGACAAUGAUACUAGCAAAGCUGAUUUCCAAAACAAUAAAGUGAAUAAUGAAAUAAAAUCUGCAAGACCAGGGCAUCGAAGAGAAAUUGUUUCAGGUUCCUGUGAUCCUGUGAUUGAUGAGCAUUUUCGUCGAUCUUUGGGCAAAGACUAUCAACAGAUCUUUUCAAAAUCUGCACCAAACAGUGUUUCAAUUACAGUUGAUGAUCAUUUUGCUAAAGCAUUGGGUGAUACUUGGCACAAAUUACAGAAAUCAAAAGUAAUUCCAACUGAUUCUGUAUCUAGUGCUCAUACUUCAAAAUCUAUACAAGCUCAAAAGUCUUCACAGUUUCUACAUCAACCUCCAGAAAUUUUGUCUUAA